AUGAGCAACAAUACGCUCAUCCAAGCCUGCCUCCUGGCUGCUUUAGGGUUCAAUUCGACCCGUGUGAAAUUUCCAGAAGCCGGGACCAUCGACGCUGAUCCGUACAACCUCGACCUCCCCAUUGUUCCAGCUGCAAUUACCGUCCCGAGAUCAACAGCACAGGUCGCCAAUGUUGUCAAAUGCGCAGCAAGUAAUGGCUACAAAGUGCAGUCCAGAAGCGGAGGUCAUAGCUACGGUAAUCACGGGCUCGGAGGCACGGACGGCGCCAUCGUGGUUGAUUUGAAAGAUCUCAAACAAUUCUCCAUGGAUGAAUCUACAUAUAUCGCUUCCAUAGGAUCAGGAAUGUUGCUGGACGAAGUCACUCACAAACUCUACGACAACGGCAAGAGAGCCAUGGCGCAUGGAGUCUGCCCCCAAGUGGGAGUCGGUGGCCAUUUCACCAUCGGAGGUCUCGGACCAACCGCGCGACAGUGGGGAAGCUCUUUGGAUCACGUCGAGGAGGUUGAGGUUGUAUUGGCAAAUUCCAGCAUCGUUCGGGCGUCAAAUACGCAGAACCAGGAUGUUCUCUUCGCGAUCAAAGGAGCCGCUGCUAGUUUUGGGAUCGUUACGGAAUUCAAGGUACGGACCGAGCCAGCACCUGAUGUCGCUGUGCAAUAUACCUACGAGCUGAUCCUGGGGAAUAUAACCGAGCGAGCCAGAAUUAUGGUAGAUUGGCAAGAUUUCAUCUCGGACCCCGAUCUUUCCCGGAAAUUCGCAUCAAUCAUGAUUGUUUUCGAACAUGGUAUGCUUCUCAGCGGUGACUUUUAUGGCUCUAAAAAAGAAUUCGACGACCUUGGUCUCGCAGACCGCUUUCCAAUUCGCAAGCCGGGGAAUGUUGCUAUCUUAACCGAUUGGCUAGGCAUGACAGGUCAUGCAGUAGAAGAGCUUGCCCUAGGCAUUGUUGGUGGAAUACCGCUUCACUUCUACGCCAAGUCAAUGGCAUUCACCCGAGACAGUCUCAUGUCUCCAUCAACAUUCGAAAAACUCUUUGACUAUCUCGACAACACCGACAAAGGCACACUCCUAUGGCUCAUUUACUUCGACUUACAAUCAGGAGCCACCAGUGACGUUCCAAACAAUUCCACUGCCUAUGCUCAUCGUGAUACGCUAUAUUGGCUACAAUCUUAUGUCGUCAACUUGGUGGGCCCUGUCUCUAAUACGACUACUGCAUUCCUGGAGGGAAUUAACAAUCUCAUUGCGCAAGAUGUACCCAGUGCCAAUACGCGUGCGUAUCCGGGAUAUGUGGAUCCGCUAAUGCCGAAUCCUCAAUGGCGUUAUUGGGGGUCUAAUUUGCCCAAAUUGGAGAAGAUUAAGGCGGCUAUUGAUCCGAAUGAUGUUUUUCAUAAUCCCCAGAGUGUGAAACCGAGAAAGCAGGCUCCAUAA